GGCUCCUGUUUUGUGUGUUGGGGGGAUGGGGCCGUGCCGAGGAUGAGAGACUCCAAAUAUUUACCACUCGGCUAACUAAAUAUCUUUAUUUCCGAACCGGGCUUCCUCCCUCGCUCUUGUACAUAUUAAUACUUUUCGACCACGUAUGAGUUUAGGUGGAAUUUGACCAAAAUAAAGUGGAGUAUCUGUACGUCCACGACACACGCUUAAAAGUCGACAAAAUGUAUUCCUCUGCUGGAGCUGCUGAGAUGCUCGAGGGACCUCGUUCCUCUGGGUCAUUAAGCUCUGAUCCCGACGUUUCAGACCCUCCAUCUUCUCCAGUGCCGGAAUAUGUGUUCAAACCACCAUCACGGCCAGACUUUGGCACCAUGGGCAGGACAAUCAAGCUCCAGGCCAACUUCUUUGAGAUGGAAAUCCCCAAACUGGAGGUCUACCAUUAUGACAUUGAUAUCAAGCCUGAGAAAUGCCCCAGGAGGGUCAAUCGUGAAAUUGUGGAGCACAUGGUCCAGCACUUUAAAACACAGAUCUUUGGUGAUCGAAAACCAGUGUAUGAUGGGAGGAAGAAUCUCUACACUGCCAUGCCCUUGCCUAUAGGCAGAGACAAAGUGGAGCUUGAGGUGACCAUUCCUGGUGAAGGCAAGGACCGCAGCUUCAAAGUAUCCAUCAAAUGGGUGUCCUGCGUUAGUCUGCAAGCUCUGCAUGAGGCACUGUCAGGACGGCUACCCAGCGUCCCUUUCGAGACCAUCCAAGCUUUGGAUGUGGUCAUGAGACAUUUGCCCUCUAUGAGGUAUACCCCAGUGGGCCGCUCUUUCUUCACUCCCUCAGAGGGAUGUUCAAACCCCCUCGGUGGUGGCAGAGAGGUGUGGUUUGGCUUCCACCAGUCUGUCAGGCCUUCCCUCUGGAAAAUGAUGCUCAAUAUUGAUGUUUCAGCCACUGCUUUCUACAAAGCCCAGCCUGUAAUUGAGUUCAUGUGUGAGGUCUUGGAUUUCAAAAGCAUUGAAGAACAACAGAAGCCCUUAACAGACUCCCAACGAGUGAAAUUUACAAAGGAAAUCAAAGGUCUGAAGGUGGAGAUCACUCACUGUGGGCAGAUGAAGAGGAAGUACAGAGUGUGCAAUGUGACCAGAAGACCAGCCAGCCACCAAACGUUCCCCCUGCAGCAGGAGAACGGCCAAACUAUUGAAUGCACAGUAGCACAGUACUUCAAAGACAAGUACAAGCUCAUCCUGCGAUACCCCCACCUUCCAUGUCUACAGGUGGGACAGGAGCAGAAGCACACUUACCUACCUCUAGAGGUGUGCAACAUAGUGGCAGGACAGCGCUGCAUCAAAAAACUGACAGACAAUCAGACCUCCACUAUGAUCCGUGCCACAGCCCGAUCAGCACCAGACCGUCAGGAUGAGAUUAGUAAAUUGAUGAGAAGUGCCAACUUCAACACUGACCCUUACGUUCGUGAAUUUGGAGUCAUGGUGAGAGAUGAGAUGACAGAAGUGAACGGCCGUGUCCUACAGGCACCUUCCAUUCUGUAUGGAGGCAGGAACAAAGCAAUAGCCACACCAAUCCAGGGGGUAUGGGACAUGAGGAACAAGCAGUUCCACACUGGCAUUGAGAUCAAAGUGUGGGCCAUCGCCUGCUUUGCACCACAGAGACAGUGCACCGAACUCCUGCUUAAAGCAUUCACGGAUCAGCUGAGGAAGAUCUCUAGGGAUGCAGGAAUGCCCAUCCAAGGUCAGCCUUGCUUCUGUAAGUACGCCCAGGGAGCGGACAGUGUGGAGCCCAUGUUCAGGCACCUCAAGUACACCUACCAGGGCCUCCAGCUGGUGGUGGUCAUCUUGCCGGGGAAGACACCUGUCUACGCCGAGGUGAAGCGUGUCGGGGACACGGUGCUCGGCAUGGCCACUCAGUGUGUGCAGGUGAAGAACGUUCAAAAGACGACACCUCAGACUCUCUCCAACCUUUGUCUGAAGAUCAAUGUGAAGCUGGGUGGUGUCAAUAACAUCCUCCUCCCACAGGGCAGGCCGAUGGUGUUCCAGCAGCCAGUCAUCUUCCUCGGUGCAGAUGUGACUCAUCCGCCUGCAGGAGAUGGAAAAAAGCCUUCCAUUGCUGCUGUUGUUGGCAGUAUGGAUGCCCAUCCCAGCAGGUACUGUGCCACAGUCCGAGUGCAGCAGCACCGUCAGGACAUCAUCCAGGACUUGGCCACCAUGGUGAGGGAACUUCUCAUCCAGUUCUACAAGUCCACCCGCUUCAAGCCCACAAGGAUCAUCUACUACCGCGAUGGCAUCUCCGAGGGCCAAUUCAACCAGGUUCUUCAGCAUGAACUGCUGGCAAUCCGUGAGGCCUGUAUCAAACUAGAGAAGGACUAUCAGCCUGGUAUCACCUUUGUUGUCGUGCAGAAGAGACACCACACAAGACUUUUCUGUAUGGACAGAAAUGAGAGGGUUGGGAAGAGCGGCAACAUCCCUGCAGGCACCACAGUGGACACCAAAAUCACUCACCCAUCAGAGUUUGACUUCUACCUUUGCAGUCACGCUGGCAUUCAGGGCACCAGCAGGCCAUCUCACUACCAUGUGCUCUGGGAUGACAACCACUUCUCUUCAGAUGAGCUGCAGGUUCUCACCUACCAGCUUUGCCACACCUAUGUGCGCUGCACCCGGUCAGUUUCCAUCCCAGCACCAGCCUACUAUGCCCAUUUGGUGGCUUUCCGGGCUCGCUAUCAUUUGGUGGACAAAGAGCAUGACAGUGCCGAAGGAAGUCAUACAUCAGGCCAGAGCAACGGGCGUGACCACCAGGCCUUGGCCAAGGCUGUUCAGAUCCACCAGGACACGCUGCGUACCAUGUACUUUGCCUGAGAGCACACAACCCCAGGUUAGCGUGGGUGAGACCCCACUGAUGGAACACACUACCCCCCGCUGUCUCGCUGUCAGCUGUAGAUAGCAUCACAGUGGUUUCACAUCGUGAUCUCCCUACUUAACAAACCUGUCAGUUACCCAUGCGUCUAUAAUUGUACUUCAGCCCCUAACCCACCCAAACCAAGCCAGCUAUUAGACUAAGAUGCAAAUAAUCCCUCUUUCAUGGGGAUUUAGAAGAGGUUUUAUUUACAUGUUGUGCAUUUGUGUGUAUUUGUAUUUGUUGUAGGGAAAUAUGUUGCAAAGUCUGAGAGGAAAAGGAAAAGUUUGUACACUGAUAGAAGAAAUCUACCAUUUCUAAACUAGUGGGCAGUAACAUUUUACAUUGGGGUGGUUUAUAAUUUAGAAGAAGCUGUUCACCCUCCUUCUCCUGUUUUUAUUGUUUGUUAUGGUCUUGGUGCUUGAAGGGAGAAGGAGACAUCAAAAGAUGAGGGGGCCUGUUCACUGUUUAUAUGCCUGAAGAUUUGCUCCUCUGACAAACAUUAUUUAUCAGCCAAUCAAAGCAAAGUGCACUGACGAGAAUGGGUACUUUAACCAGGACAAAAGUACUUAAUAUAUUGAGGGUUGUGUGUGAUUUUUUCACAUAGGGCACUAUGUGAUGAGAAGUGCCAUUCGAGACCACCUUUCUGUCGUCAUUUCUAUGUAAAACUAUGAAUUAUUUGGCCCACAUCUGCUGGGUUUUCAGUAUUUGUCCUUGAUUGACAUUGGUAACCAUUUUAUGCCAAAUCUGGUGACAACUUACGUUAGGAAUUCUUGGCAUCAGAUUUGUUAUCAACCCUUGAACCAACAGUUUAUUCUAGAUGGAAGCUUUUAGUGUUCAGAUUCAAAGAACAGCAAUUUUAUCCUCCUCUGCCUCACUUGUAAUUCCCAUGCCGAGAAAUAGUGUUUUGGGACUGGUUCCCAACAAGGACUCCUUUUUAAUGUACUCUGAGCCGUGUUGAUAAAAGACACAUGAUGUAGAAAUCAACAUAGAGGGGAACUUGAUGAAAUCAGUUCUGUUCCCUUCUGUUUUUAUAGUCUAUUUUAAUUUCAAUCAUUUUUUGGUAAUGAAUAUGCAUGUAGUUGACUCAUGUUUUAGGCAUUUAGGCAUUUGUGAUAAUUUUUCAUUUCUCCCUCUAUACACAUUAACCCUACUUCUAUUUUUUAAUGUAUAUAGCAGCAGAAUAGUGUUUUCUGCAGUGUCUUGUCAGAGCGAUAUUUGUGUGGCAUCUCGAUAUCCAGGCAUUCGGUACAGUGGAGUGAAAGCUACAACAUUUUAGAGUUUAAUUGAUUGAAAUUCCCUAAAAAAAAAAAAACCUUGAAUUAUAAUGUUUGCUCCAGGAAUUGGGAGCAGUCGUCGCACAAAAGCUUGGGUUUUAUGCAAAUGACUUUUUGUGAGUCUUUAUACUAUAUAUAGUAAUGUUGGUAAUAAGGUAUAUUUUAAAUAAGCUUUCAGUGGAGGCUGCUGAAAAUAUUAUAAAGAUUUUUUUAAUGACUGGCCCACAUGUAGUCUAAAUUAACACUGUCUAUUUGUAUACAGAUUUUAAAUGCAAAUAUUCUUUUGCCUUCUAAGACUAUUUCAGUCUUACUAAUAAUUCUAGACAUUUUCUAACAUCCCACCUAAGUUUUACUACUAAGUUAAGCAGGCGAAUGUUCACAUAGUCUUGAUUGGAGGCGAGUAGUCUAUAUUUUCUAACUAUGCAUUAUUUUUAACCAAGAUAUUUAACAGUGGGGUAUCUCACAUGAAUUUGGGUCAUUUAUAGAGGUAGAUAAUCAGGGCUUUUUGUUGUUGUUUUUUAUUUAGCAUGUUGCAUUUAGUAGCGUUUCUUAGUGCUUAUCAGCAUCUUCAUGCCUUUCUAAUGGGAUGAAGUAUUUAUGUGGUCAUUUGUAACAUUGUAGAUUUUAUAGCCUGAAAAUUGGGUGUAUCCUUUGUAACACACAAUCUUUCUUAGCCAAACAAGAUUACAAACUUUUACAUGAUUAUUAAUCAAAAGACAUGGAAGCACAAAAAGGACAUCUUGAUUCUAGGUGCUAGAUGUUUUCACUGUAAACCACCUUAAAUCCUCACUGGACUGGUCCACAAAGCUUUUUACUUGUAUGCUAAAAAAAAAGAUGCUUCAUUAUUUUGAGGAUCUUUUCUCUCCCUUUGACAACCUCUCUGUGUUACCCUUUUAACUCAUUACCUGUAAAGCAACUAGAAAUCCGACUGACUGUGUUUGUGGGGCAUUCUGAAAAUCAUGUACUUGAUAUUUACUGUUAUGAUGUCAAUAUUGUUCUUAUCGGUGCUGGUCUCACAACAUGUAAAUUUGGAUGCACUUUUGAUAGCAGAACUUCUACAGAUGUGUGUUCCUCAAUCGAAGCAGGAGGCUCGGCCAUAUUGUGUGACACUGGUGUAAUUGUAUGGAAAUGGCCGUGUGUCCUACCUCUUGUUACCUGUUCUAAGUGUUAUGGUAACAUCACACUGCUCGCCAUUUCUUUAUAAUUACCCCUGCUAUCUAUCUAAUUGGCAUUGUUUGAGUCUUGCAUUGACAGUAGAGGUUUUAAAAUGCUUGGUGUGCAUGAUGGUGAGCGUGCUUUUCUCAGUUUAUGUAGUUGUGUGAAUUUGUUUUUCGUAGUUUUAAGAUAAGAGAGAAUGUGUUUUUCCUUUUAGGGGUUUUGAGCGUUGAGCUGCACGACCAAAUUCUUGAAGUGUGUUUGUAUUCACACACAGCUUUCCCUGCUUUCUUUCCUUUUAAUUCUAUGCACCAAUGAAAUGACAGACUUUUGCUCGACACCUUGAUUUUUCCACCUGAGCAGUGUAACAGCAAAUGCAAAGCCCAUAUCAGGUGUGAUCAUUGCAUAUCAUUGAUCUGGACAAAUUGUAAAUGUAUCUUAGUGGUGCUGUUCAUCAGACUGUUAAUUCAAGUUGCUUGUAAGCUAAAUAGAAACUAGAAAACAGCCCCUGACCAAGAAUCAGCCUGAAAAAUACGUGUUGAAAUCCAUGUGAACAGAUGUUUGUAAGGCGUAUAGCACAGCAAGGUCAACCUGAUCAGGUAAAUUUCACCACAGAACAUUUCUCAUUUCUGUAUAUAAUCUUUGAGUACAGGUGUGACUGGAUCAGAACAAAUUAAUCUUGCGUGUCAGGUGAAGCCUGUCGUCGGCUUUGUACUUGGAAAAGUGAAUGUCGUCGUCUCUUUGCAAAUGCAGGCCUUUGUGAUGCUGCCACAAGCAUCCACAUUAUUCACUUAUUCGAAUGUUCAGUCUUCAAAGGGAUGCCUGGUUAUUUAGUAUUUUAGUCGGCAGUCGUUCUCUCGAACAUGCCUGCCAUAUUCUUUGGAAAGUGGUGAAGAUUAAUUGAGUGAUAAAAAUAGAAUAAUUUUGACUACAAUAUGACGGGUGUCCUAAAAAGUAACUUGCUAAAAUUCCAAACAUCAAGGUGUCGUUUUAGGAGAUGAGUUUUGUACUUGUUGUCACUGCUUCUUUGUGUUUUACAUUAUCUAUACCAGCACCUUAAAAUACCAGAUCAGAAUGGCAUUGCUUUUUUUUUUCCUGGAGAUAAAACUCAGACAUUUGACAAUGUUAUUUUUGCACUAAACAAGAAUGGACUUUGUAGCUGUUGCAGCAUUAAGAGUAUUUAUCAGGUGGCAGAAUGGCAGCCUCUUUUUUUCUCCUUUUGUUUAGAAAGGAGCAGUUGGCAUUGGUGGCUUUUCAAAAAAUAAAAGAUGCACAGCCAACAGGCCUGAGAGCCUCAAUAUGUGCAUUCGCUUAGCCAACCAGCAUUCAGCAUGCCGUCUUUCAAAAAUAUCCCCGAUGCCUUUUAAAUGUUAAUGACAGAGUGAAACUUGUAGUCGCGUGGGUGGGUUGCCUCUGCAUAGUGAUGUGGGAGAAAGGUGCUUUAUACAAAACAAACUGAACAAACUGACAGGAGUUGAAAAGAGCCGAUUAGCUGUGGACAAUAAGGUUUCUGUUAUCGCACUGCUUGUUGGAGAUGUGAUGCCAAAGUGCUGGAAGGUUUUACAUGGUCUCAGACCCUGUUCAAGACUGUAGAGUGCUUAGAAAAUCAUACUGCAAAAUGAAAAUAAGGCCUCAUGACACCACCACAGACUAUACAUAUCAAAAUUCAGGAGAGGCUUUUCCUUUUUACAUAAAUCAGCUUGAUCGUAAUGAGCUUAAACAGGAAUGGGCAUGAAACAAAAUAAAACACCAGCCUUGAUGAACGUGGCACUACUUUGUAAUAAAAUAGUGCCCAGGGUGCUUAGUAAGGCUUUCAAAAUACCUGCAGUUGAAACCCGAAUAUUAUUACAGGAUACUUAUUAUUAGACGCAUUAAUUAAAAUGCACACACUCACCUCUGUUUGGCUGUUUUUCCAUUAUCUUUUAGAGUGGACAAAACCUGGUCAAAGGAGAUUUUAGAAAUGGCUGAUGUGUAAAUUAAAUGGCAUAUCAUAAGCUAAUUUAAUCAGCUAACUUUAUUUCUGUGAUAGCAGAUUUUCUUCUAUUGUAGUUAUGUUUAAAUUUAGGGUUGAAAGAGGCUGGGAUAAAAUUCCUUUACGUUUAACAAUCAGUCUGUUUACUUACUGGCUUUUGAAUGGUGUUGGAAUAAAAGAAAAAAAAAGACAAGCCCGAUUUAAAAUGAAGCAAUGACCGAUUCCUGAGUUUAUUCCAAACCAUUACCUUCUGUAUAAUAACGUCUCUCCUCUCUGCCUCUCAUCCGUCUCUUGUAGAGAAACUAUUGCUGACAUAAAGAAACCUCUUGUAGAGUCAAACCUAUUUUCCUAGCUCCAAAUAAUAACAAUGAAUGUACUUAGAGCCUGUGUGGUUUGUAAUAUUUUAUAGGCUAUCUAUCCAGUACAUUUAUACUCAUGUUUGCUUCUCGUGUACAGCCUGUUCUUUUUAUUUUUGGUGUUUUCUCUCUUAUUUAUAGGCUUUAACAAUUGCAGAAAGUAUUAAGUUUUCUUCUUUGAUAUUUCAUUAAUUUAGGUAUCACCCACAUCGCAGCUGAUAUCAUUAAUCUUUUCACUGAUUAACAUGAGAUAAAUAAGUCUACAGUUGUCUAGUUCUGGGUGUUGGCUACUGUAGUUUUACAAGACAAACGUUUCACACUGGUGCAAAGAGUAGUCUUUUCUGUUCUGGUGUCUUGCUUGUGAGAGGUGCUGUAACAUAAAAGCUGUGUGUGUGUGUGUGUGUAUGUGUGCGCAUAUAUAUCUAUAUAUAUAUAUAUAUAUAUAUAUAUAUAUAUAUAUAUGAUGGUUGCUUUGGUGUGUGAUAUUGUUCGCUGUUAGAUUCUUGUCCUCUGCUUAAGCCCUCAGUCUGAUAUUUCUGUUCUUGCAGAAUUGUCCUGUAAAAAUCCUAAAAUCCUCCCCGAGUUUGACUCACUAAAUCAUUAGUGCAGUGCCACUUGAAAGCAAAGAGGCUGAAGUUUUUGUUUGAGUGUUGCUUGUGUUCCUUACUUUUGGUGAUUGUAUGACUACACAGCUGUUUUUUCCCCCAGAUUUUAUCAGUGACAGCUUAUGACUUACAUGGCACUCUGCUGGCUUCAGCAGGCAUACUUUUCCUGUUCCUAUUCCUAGAUAAACCUUCUGAAGCAUCUCUUUAUCCUUGAAAGUGAGUCUUUAUCAUGCCAAUGUCCAUCAAUUUACCUGUAGCCAUGUGACACCAGUGUGGUAUCCACAAGGUUUUUACACAUAAAAUUUGUCUAUGUUGUUUUUAGCUAAAAGUCUGAAUUAUUGAGUACAGAUUCAAAUGGGGUACUGGCAGACGUGAAGAAAAAAUCAUUACCACUCAUGUCCACCACAUGCAGCGACUUCCUGUUUUGGCUCUUUCGAGUGUUGUUGCAGUUUCACUUGUACUCUAGCAGUAUUUAACAAGUGCAGUGUUCAAGCAGUCCUUCUGCAGCUACAUUGUUGCUUUGAGUUGUCUUGCUGACAUUUUAGCUGCGCUAGCAGCAUGGCUUUACAGAUGGUAAUGUCAGUUGGGUGGUGCUCCACUCUUAAGUUUUCACUUAUUCAGUAAAAUAUCUAUAUAUCUACCAGAUGGACUGGCACAAGAUUUUGUACAAUCAGGUUUCCCUGACAGCAGAUCCUUAUGAUUUGGGUGGUCCCUUUUCAUCUUGUGCGACCAUCUGGUCAAAAUUUUAAUUUGUCCAAUAGUUUGGUUAAUGACCAAAUACCUGCAAAACUAAUGACAUUCCCAUCAGCCUCAGCUGUGCUUUGUGUUCAGUGCUUAUCAGCCAAUGUUAGCAUGCUAAUGCGCUUAAGUAUGAAGGUGAACAUAGUGAAAUUACACCUUCCAAACAUGAGCAUGUUCAGUUUGUCAUUGUGAGCAUGAGUAUAUUAGCAUGCUGAUAACAGCAUUAAACUCAAAAUGCCACUGUACCUAAGCACAGUCUCUCCGAGCUGCUGGCUUGUGUUUCACAAGCAUAUCGAAACUCAGUUGCAGCUUAAUUGUGAUCAGUGUGGUAACAAAGACUUUGUGGCUGAAUCUGGCUCAUGUUAAUCACUAUAUGCAGCAAUUUUAAGCUUCAGAGAAGUGUGCUGCUCUGUCAAAAAUAGAUCCAAAGCUUGGGACCCAACAAGGUGGUGGAGCCGGGAAAUGCAGCAACAUCAGCUAGAAUGUCAUCUGAUAGUCUCCAGCAGCUGUGACUGAGCCAGAAUGUGACACAGCUGCAUCCGGUGGACAUUUGGGAUUAGUAGUAAAUUUGACCUUGACUGAGGAGAACUGUUACCAAGCUUCAUCCAAACUAAACCAAUGCCAUCCAGUUGAUCUACAUGUAUGCAAUCAUGCAAAACUCGCGUGGGUAUUUUUGUAUUUUUUCAACGCAUUUCUAGUCUUCAGAAUGACUUGGCUUUUUAUUUACCAACUUGGAAAAAACUACCUCAGAGCAGUGUCAGGUGCUAGCUAAUAUUAGCCCUAAUUUAUAAUAAUGGUAACAAAAUCAAAAAUUGUAGUGACCAAACAAAUACAAGCCAAUAUCAUGUGAGAGCACUGUUCUUUUCUUGAACCUUAAUAAAUGGAAAACCAAGUAAUCAUGUAUGACUGGUUGGUUGCUUUAGUUGGUUACAUUUUAGGGGACCAAAUUUUUGUAAUUGGGAGUCUCAUUGUUUCAUGUAAGUCCUUCAUUUUCAAAAGACCGUGACAAAAAAUAACCCAGCACAACCUAGGACUCAUUCAUGUGGUGAAAUCAACUGUAAUCACGACUGGAUCAGACAUUUACAAAUGUGCCGUCGUAAUUACUAUUCACUCUGACCGUAUGGUAAUAUUCCAGCUACAUUUUGGUAAUAUUGAGAAAUGUUUGUAGUGGCCGUGAAGGUUAUUUUGGAAAGAUGUAUGUACAGCAAUAAUGUGGGAGUGUGAGCUGUGGAUUGUCAGUAAUUACUUUACAUUUUUACACCAGUCUGUCCUCUUCAUGUAGGUCAAGGCAACUCUGAAUAAAGAUUUUAGACUUUUAGUUUGCAGGACAAUAAUUAGCAAAUGGAUAGAUAAAUGGAUGGAACCAGCUCUUCUGUUUUUGUUUUACCAGAAUGUUGAAAUAUUAAGGUUUCAUACUGGAUAGAGCCACUCCAUGUGAUCAAAUGCCUACAUUUCUCUGCCGUGUUAACCCAGUACUGCAAUAAAAUCAGGGUUGAUGUCCCUGUCUCUUACUCAGUUCAUUUCCGCUUUUCCUAUGAUUAGUCAGACUCAAUGCCAUUUCUAUUAAGGGUUUAAGAUAUAGUUUUGCAUGCAACAAUUUACAAAAGGGAAUAUACACAUUUGAACAGACUUUAUGGUGUAUCAAAUCAUUGUAAACUUAAACGAAAGGUACAUAUGAGGUUGUAUGGCAAUUAACUUAAGAUUGUUGUCAUUUAGUCAAAACUGAAAACAUCCAGCGCGUUUGUAGUCGAUUUUAUGUGUGCCUUUUGUGGGAUCUCUCUUUCCAUCAGCCCCAGCAUUUGGGUCUCUGAGUCCUUUCAACAUAAAGGUUUGACAGAAAUCUGCUGCGCCACAUUUAAAAAAAAAAAAAAGUUUAAAAAACCCAGUUUUAAUUAUCAUGCAACCUUGCGUGUAGAUGCUGCAUAGAACGAUCAGUAUUUGUGUUUUGCACUUUCAAAGCAGUCUCAAAAAAAAUGCCCACGUGAGGUUGGGCAGAAAGUAAAAAAUAACUGACGAGGUAUUUUAUGCUAUCAAUAGGAAUUAUAAGGAAUAAUAUGACUUUGAAGAGCUUUUCUAAAAAGGUUGAUAUAUCUAUAUAUAUUCAUGAAGUACCUCAUAAGCCUGAUAUAUGCUGCAUUGACUUUUUUUUUUCUUUAGUGUACUUCAUAUUGUCCAAUAAAAGUUUAAUUUUCCCCUUUUGGGAGGUUUGAAUGUCACUGUAGGCUGUGCAAAUGUCUCAACCAGUUAAAAUCUGAUAUUGUCUGUUGUAACAGGAGUAUAUUAUUCCUUGUGGCCAAAUUAUAAUGUGUCAUUUAUGCAAUUUCUGCUAAAAUCUCAUCAGAAUAUUUCUCAGCUGUAGCCACAUAUUUGUGUUCUUUUUUGUUUUUACAUAUUCUCUGUGUCUGUGUAGCCAAAAAUAUUGGGUACAGUUGACAAAGUGUCGACGUGCACCCGGCAUCCUGCGAGGCUCUGUGGUAUAAAAAUGACUGUUGACUCAGGUAUUGCUGUAAAAGGGCUGUAUCUGUUUACUCUGUCCUUGUCCCAAACUCCCCUUCCGCACCUUUGUCUUAAAAUAGCCUUAGAUCUAGUGAGGUUCCUAUUUGGCCUUAAAAGUUGAACAAAUUAUGCACUACAAUUUCACAGACCUGACAAGAGAGCUCGACUCCCGUUUAGACACAUUCUUUUGUAGAGUUCAUGUUGCGUUAUUGCCAUGUUAUCUACCUCCUGUGAAUGUAGGGGCUGUCCUGGAGUUGUAAUUGACUGCAAAACUUCUGAUUUUCAUGCACAUUUAAGGAAAACAGACAAUCAUCUGUAGUUUUUUGAUAAAUAUAAAAUAUAUCCCCUUAUUCAUUCUUGCUUAGAACUGAUUCCAGGACACUCCAUUUUUCUUGAUGUUUAUUUUUUUCCCUCAUUGGCCAUUUUUCAUUUUAUACCUUGUGCGAUAUAUAUAUAUAUAUAUAUAUAUUUUUUUUUUUUUUUUUUUUUUUUUUUUUCAUUGUUAAGCCAUGACGGAGAAGCAAAGUGACCAAAGUCUCUUGGCAAAGGCAGCCCUGCACAGCCUUGUGAAUUCAAACCUCCCUACAUUUGUGUCAUUUUGAGCUCAGUUUCUGAGCUGUUGUUUAUUUUCUCUCUCUCUCUCUCUCUCUCCUCCCUUAUUUAAACCACGACAUGCCAAAACUGAAUUUGCUGUCAUUCCUGUUCUGGUGAGGGUCUUUAUGUUGCUGAUUUUAAUUUGUUCACAUCCACUGCUAAGCUCCUUGUUCUUGUUGUUGUAAAGUUGUAAGCUUUUGAUUUCUAUUUUACAUUUCCUUAUUUUUGUUAACAAUUAUGCUUACAGAACACAAGAUAUGCUGUAAACCCUGUUAGAGGACAUAAUGUGAAUACGUAUCACUUAAUAUAGUUCACUCUUUGGCUUGACUGUAAGUUGCAUUAAUUAAUAAAAAUGUUUUAAAAAGUU